AUGGCAGACGGUUCGCAGACUCAGGCACACGGAAUGGGGGUUAGAAACAACCCCAACGAAGGCACAUACUGCCAUACGAAGCUUUCUUCCCCCGCAUCAUCAUUUCAGCACCCUUCGCAAGACCCAGCAGGCACGGAGACUCGGGACUCGACAACAAUGGAGGCACUGCCCGGUCGCUUGACUGAAGCAGUCCGUCUCUCCAACCAUUCAUCUCCCCAAGAUUCGGCGGGAGUGGUGUGCAAAUCAUGUUCAACAGUGCAAGGAAGUGAAGCGGCCGAGAACCCCGACGCGAAUGGCGCAUCUCAUGAACAGCAGCAGAUAGAGCGCGACGAUAUCGUUGACAUACCUUCGUCGCCUUCCUCGAAGAGGACGACGGCAUGCCCGACCGGCUAUGUACCGACACCUGGCCCGAAAGAGCAGCCAAACACAAACAUGAACGACGUAGCAAAGGUUGACCAUAUGGAGGAGGCACAGCGUCACGACCAGACACAUUUUAUGGCCGUUCCACUUGAUACCAUUCCCCCAAAUGCAGAUAUUCCGGAAUAUGACAUGCAUCUACUGAACCUGGCGCGACACGCCGAUCCCUUCAGGAUGCUAGGCUGCCACAAGGUGCAGGGCGCAGGCACCGAUAAGAGGGUGGUAGUUGUCCGCGUGUGGCUUAAGAACGCCUUUGAAAUAUACACAACCGACCCUUCUGCUUCCUCUAGAGGCCCGGCAGUGAAGGAUUCCGACCCUUACGUGCCCCUGGACUACGAGCUUUUAGUGCGGGGAGAAGCAGAGGAAUCCCCACGUGUGGUUUAUGACACCUACUCUUUCGGCAUGACCGUCCCUCAGUACAACUUGGAAUUGUUUCAGUCCGGUUCAUGCUGGCACGUAGACAACCUUAUGGGCUCGCACAUCAUAACGGUUGACGGCGUUGUUGGUGUUCGGUUUGCUGUAUGGGCUCCGAAUUGCAUUUGUGUCUCCGUAGUUGGGGACUGGAACGGUUGGGACGGUCGUGCCCAUCCCAUGCGCAAGCGGGUAGAGUUUGGUUGCUGGGAUUUGUUUAUUCCAGGAAUAGGCCCGGGGGAAAAAUAUGGUUACAGGAUACAUGCGAGGAACGGGACGGACUUUAUAAAGAUAGACCCCUAUGCUCAGGAAUUUGAAGUGCCCCCCAAAACCGCCAGCAUCAUCAGCGCCUGUGACGACGCUUUCAAAAACGCUGAGGCGCGCUAUCAGUGGCAUGACCAGGAGUGGAUGGCAAGGCGCAAGAAACUUGGAGAAACCGACCAGCUCCACAGAGAACCGAUGGCUAUCUAUGAAGUGCACCUCCCAAGCUGGAUGCGAGGACAAGACGGACGUUACCUAAGCUACCGAGAAUUGGCUGACAGGCUGGUUCCCCACGUAAAGAACAUGAAUUUUACGCACGUGGAGUUCCUGCCCCUGGCUCAUCACCCUUUCGAAGGUUCUUGGGGAUACCAAGUAACGGGUCUUUACGCGCCGUACAGCCGCUUGGGGACUCCAGACGAUUUCAAGUAUUUGGUUGACACCUUGCAUCAGGCCAACAUUGGGGUAUUCAUCGAUUUUGUGCCAGCGCAUUUUUGUAAGGACUCAUGGGGCCUCGUUUACUAUGAUGGAGAGCCGUGCUACGAGUACGCGGACCCAAGAGAGGGGGAGCACAAACUUUGGGGGACUGCCGUGUUUAACUACCGUCGCAACGAGGUGCGGUCGUUCUUGUUGGGCGCGGCAUACCACUGGCUGAGGCGCUACCACAUAGACGGCCUGCGCAUCGAUGCGGUCUCCUCCAUGCUCUACAAAAAUCACCAGAAAGAAGAUGGAGACUGGCUUCCAAACGAGCACGGUGGGGACGCGAACUUGCAAGCCAUUUCCUUGCUCCAAGAACUAAACUGGGUCGUCCAUAAAGAAUUUCCAGGGGUAUUUACUAUGGCGGAGGAGAGUACCAGCUGGAGAGGAGUCACUGACAAGAGAGACGGUCUCGGGUUCGAUGCGAAGUGGGAUUUGGGGUGGAUGAACGACACGCUCUCUUAUUUGUGUUGCCCUGUGGAAAAUCGACGGAAAUGCCACAACAAACUUACAUUCAGGGGCCUCUAUAUGGCACAUGAGAGGUGGAUUCUGCCACUGUCUCAUGACGAAGUGGUGAGUGGAAAGGGAAGUCUAUUAGACAAAUGCGGGUACCUGGGAACCCCUUUUGAAGACCGCAUACGAACCCUGAAGACCCUCUACGGCUUUCAGAUAGGAAUGCCAGGCAGGCCUCUCAUUUUCAUGGGGGGGGAGAUUGGUCAAGGUAGAGAGUGGAAGGAGAACAGGUCUGUUGACUGGCAUGAAGGAGAGGAGGAGCUGCGGAAGAAGCUUUGCAUAUGGGUGUCAGACCUUCUGGGCCUUUACAGAACUCAGCCGGCGUUGCAUGCUGGAGACGACGAGACCUGGAACUUCAAGUGGACGGACUGCGACAACAAUAACGAUUGCAUUGUGGCAUUCCUUCGCUCGUACGAAUUCUGGUUCAAUGACAUAUUAGUGGUUUGCAAUUUUUCUCCGCAAGCUUACUACAGAUAUCCUGUGGGAGUUCCGCACGGAGGAGAGUGGCAGCUACUGCUGAAUUCGGAUGACUGGAAAUAUGCGGGGGGGAUGUGCGGCAUGGGCAAUGGCUCCUAUAUCCACACAACUCAGGGCGGCAGGUUGGGAUGGCCCUAUUGCUUAUGGUUAGAUGUCCCUGCAAACGGAUGCUUGUAUUUAAAAUCUCCACAGCCUCCUGCUGAGGAGAAACAGAGAAUAAUUCAGGAGGCACGACGGGCUCGCGAUUCGACGGAGGAAGGGGGAGAAACAGAUGCAUAUCAUCACACGGAAGAGCAAGCAGACGGGGCGAGAUGA